AUGGACGAGAACGACAAGUUGGAUGACAUUGUCGUUGUGGAAAAUCUGAACAGCGCAAGGUCAAAUAGGACGAAGUCGAGCAGUACCAAAGCGAGUGGGAGAAAGGCUGCUGAGAAGAACUCAGAAACACCUGAGGAAGAGCUAGACUGGAAGUCUGUCGCGUACGCAUUUUUCAAGCCUGAGGUCACCAUUAAGAGCGACACAGCAGGGAAGCAUUCGCAUGUGUUCCACUGUGCCAACCGAGGUUGCAGAACGAAGAUCGCCAGGUGGCUUGACAAGGGUGAUAAGGGCUCCACCGGAAACAUGAGGAAACAUAUCAAGGCAUGCUGGGGAGAGGAGGCAUUGGGAGCAGUGGACCAGAUGAAGACGGCAGAGGAAGCGCGCCCUGCCGUAGAGAAGUUUACACAGUCAGGAUCUAUUAUGGCAUCAUUCGAGCGCAAAGGCAAAGGGAAGGUGACGUACUCAAGUUGCCAACACAGCUGGCAGGAGGCCAGGGCGGAGAUCAUGCACUGGGUAUCCGAAAGUCUGCGCCCGUUCACAAUUGUCGAGGAUCAGGCAUUUCAGAGUUUGAUGAAGAUGGGGCACCCAGAGUAUUGGAUCCCUUCUCGAUGGACGGUAGCACGCGAUGUACACAAGGUCUUUGCUCGCUGUCAUGCAAGAGUGGCAAAAAUGCUCCAGGAGUUUGACAGCGAGCUGAAUUUCGCCACGGACGUGUGGACCUCGCCAAAUAACAAGGCCAUUGUGGCAUUCACAGUCCAUCUUCAUCACAAGGGUGUUCCCCUCCACAUGGUGCUCGAUGUCAUUGAGGUAGCCGAGGCCCAUAAUGGUGUGAACUUGGCCACCGCGUUCGCAAAGAUGACGGAGGACUUCAAUAUCACUAUGAAGUUGCUUGGAGUAACAGCCGACAAUGCCACCUCCAAUGAUGUUAUGAUCGAUGAGCUCGUCAAGCUCAUUGAGUCAUUUCAGGGCCAAGCAAACCGAUCGCACUGCUUCGACCAUGUUGUCAAUCUCGUGGUGAAGACUCUGUUGCAUCAGUUCAAUGUGGCACCUGGGAAGGCCGAUGCUGCUCUCAAUGAGGCAGAAAAAGCACUGAUGGAGCUCACAAAAGACCUGGAUGUGAACAUCACUGAAGAUGGUGACACUGCAGAAGAAGAUGUGGACAACUUGGAUGGAUGA